GCCGCCAUAAUCUCCCACUUGGGAUAGCGAAUGCCUGAUGAUUCAGCCUGGUAUAUAGGAGCCUUAGGUAAACCGAAUUCCAGGGGGAAAAGACUUUGCUUAAGGUGCGCAAAAUGACAACGACAACUGAUUUGUCAAAGCCCGACUUCCUUGGUUUCUGUCUUUCUUUAUUGCAAAUGUUUGUGCUGCCGCAAUUUAUCAUAAUAUAAUAUUAGGAAAUUAUAAUGGCCAAAUCUGAAAAUUUUCAGAGCUCAAAAUUUGAACCUGGUGCUGCACGUUUCGGAAAUUUUAUCAACUAUUAUUCAUUCAAUUCUGUAUCAAAGAGAUUGGAAGCCAUCCCAGCAGAUUUAUUGUCACAACUUCAAUUAAAUAUUCAUCCUAUCGUGUGUUUGGAUAUAGGAUGUAAUGCUGGUGAUCUAACUGCUGGACUUUACUCUCAUCUGACUUCAAAUAUUGAUGGACGAGAAGUGUAUGUAUUAGGGAUCGAUCUAGAUGAUAUGUUGAUAACUAGAUGUAAUGAAAGUAAUCAAUAUUCUGAAUUCGUUACUUAUCAACAAAUCAACAUCAUGGAUGAAAAUUCAACAGCUCAACUAACUGCAUUUCUUGAAAAAUAUAACAGAACUGAAUUUGACUUGAUUACAUGUUUUUCUACAACAAUGUGGAUACAUUUAAAUUAUGGUGAUAAUGGCUUGAAUAAUUUUCUUAAAACUGUGUCUAACAUUACUAAAUUCGUAUUGCUAGAACCCCAAGAAUGGAAAUGCUACAAAGCAGCUGUUAGGAGAAUGACACGAUUGAAUCAUGAAGUAUUUGCAAUAAAAAAAUUGCAAGUAAAAGAAAUUGCUGAACAUAUUAAAAAAUUUCUACAGUCUGAAUGUGAUAUGAAAUUUCAUGCUUGCUUUGGUGAAACUUCAUGGGGUCGAAAUUUAUAUUUAUUUAAGAAAAACUUACAAAUGUGAAUGUAGUGUAAAAUACCUAUCCAUAAUGAAGAAGCAUUAAAUUAUUUUGCUCUA